AAAAUAAAACCCCCUCCACUGCCAUCCCGUUUCUUCCUCUUUCCCCUUCCUCUCAUGGAGUCGUGUUGCAGCUUUCGCACCGCCGCCUCUCCUUCGCCAUUCCCCUCGCUCCCCUCCUCCUCCCAGCGCGCGCCGCCGUGCUCCGGCCUGCGAUUCCCCGGACCAAGAAACGGGAGGCUGGUGGGGUUGCGGAGGAGGGCGUCCGGAUUCGAGGCCUUCCCGCCCCUACCCGGUAAGGUGUUCGUCGAGGAGACAAUUGGAGCUGAAUAUGGGGAAGGCUUUGAGACAUUUAGGAUGGAUGGACCACUCAAGGUCGAUGUGGAUUAUCUGAACGAAAAAUUGCAAGAAUGCUUCCUUCAAAGGAUAAGACAUGCUAUGAAGCCAGAUGAAGCAUGUGGGCUAAUUUUCUCAUGGGACAAUGUUAUUGCUGAUACAGAUUCAUUAAAGUUGGAUGCUUGGAGACAACUUGCUCUGGAAGAAGGGAAGGAUAUCCCAAGCGCUGGUCAUGUUCAAAAGAGUAUUCUUCAUGGUGCCGCUGACCAUGUGCUUAGAAAGGUUUUGUAUUGGGCAAAGGAGGAAAGUCAAAUGGAAAGACUGAAGGCACGACUUAUAGAGUUAUACUACGAAAAUCUCUUCAAACUUGAUACACCGGUUAAGGGAUUGAGAGAAUGGUUGGAUGCUGUCCAGACAGCAGGCAUCCCUUGUGCUGUCGCAUCAUCCCUGGAUAGGAGAUGCAUGAUCGAAGCUUUGGAUCGAAUGGCACUAAGCAAAUACUUCAAGGCAAUUGUGACCGAUGAGGACGAUAUGGAGUCAAUAGCGCAUAGGUUCCUCUCAGCUGCUAUGAAGCUGGAUCGGAAGCCCUCAAAGUGUGUGGUGUUUGAGGAUGACCCGAGAGGCGUAACUGCUGCUCACAACUGUACCAUGAUGGCAAUUGCACUUAUUGGUGCUCAUCCUGCGUAUGAGCUGGUACAGGCUGAUCUUGCCAUCGCCAAAUACAGCGAGCUCUCGGUGAUCAAUCUCAGAAGGCUGUUUGCGCAUAAGGGCAUAAGUUUCAUGGACUUGCAGAAGCAGAUCAUCGAGAGGUCACCUCCCAAGAGGAAGCUGACAGUAGACACCAUCUUCUAAUGUACUCCUACCUCCCACACUGCUGAAAAAAAGGAAACAAAUAGAGAAAUAUUCCUCCCUGCUAUGCUGUGUAUAUAGCAUUCCAUGUUGGUUAGAUAACAUAGCGCUGAUGUUAGAAGAUCUGGUGCGUUUGCGUCCCUCCAUUCUGGAUGCACUAGCUGUAAACUGAUCUUAGCCAUUUUAUUCAUGAUAAAUACUAUCAGUCUACCAAA